UCACGCAAAUUAAGAUUUUCUCACAUUUUCUCAGUAUCACUACAAACAAAAGCCACCGAACAGAAUAUCUCCAUCUUACAGCAUUACUUAGUUCACUUUCUCUUUCAAACGGGGUCAGUUUGAUCUUCAUUCCAGCAGAAAAUGGCGGCGAAACUUAUGCACGCUGUUCAGUACGAUAGUUAUGGCGGAGGAGCUGCUGCUUUAAAGCAUGUUGAUGUACCAGUUCCAGUUCCAAAAAAAGAUGAGAUUUUGUUGAAGUUGGAAGCAACUAGUAUAAACCCUGUUGAUUGGAAAAUUCAGAAGGGCAUGAUUCGCCCGAUUUUGCCUCGUCGAUUCCCUUUCAUACCCUGUACGGAUGUGGCAGGAGAAGUUAUAGAGGUUGGAGCGGGAGUCAAAAACUUUCAAGCUGGUGAUAAAGUUGUAGCGCAUCUUGGUUCUACGGGAGGUGGACUGGCCGAGUUUGCAGUGGCCAAGGAGAGUCUCACUGUUGCUAGGCCACCUGAAGUUUCAGCAGCUGAAGGGUCGACCUUAAGUAUUGCUGGUCUGACAGCCCAUCAGGCUUUGACUCAGAUUGCGGGGAUCAAGCUUGAUGGAAGUGGCCAUGAGGCAAAUAUUUUGGUCACUGCCGCCUCAGGUGGCGUGGGUCAUUUUGCAGUUCAGCUAGCAAAACUUGGAAAUACACACGUGACAGCCACAUGUGGAGCCAGAAACAUUGAUUUUGUGAAGAAUUUAGGGGCAGAUGAGGUUCUCGAUUACAAAACUCCAGAGGGAGCAGCGCUGAAGAGCCCAUCUGGUCGGAAGUACGACGCAGUCAUCCACUGCGCCACAGGGAUUCCUUGGAGUACAUUUGAGCCUAAUUUGAGUGAACACGGGAAGGUUAUAGAUUUCACCCCAAAUGCUAGCGCCAUGAUGACCUUUGCUUUUAAGAAACUUACUUUCUCGAAGAAGCAGCUCGUGCCAAUGCUGGUGACUGUUAAGGCCGAGAACUUGGAUUAUCUCGUGAAAUUGGUGAAAGAAGGGAAGCUGAAGGUAGUUAUUGAUUCGAAGUAUGCAUUAAGCAAGGCUGAGGAUGCUUGGGCUAAGAGUAUCGAUGGCCAUGCUACUGGAAAGAUUGUUGUUGAGCCUUAAAAUAAUAUUGUCAAAUGUUUACUAUAGUCAAUGGUUUGGUGUGUGUUUGGCUAUGUAGAUUUAAUAAAAGAUAUGGGAUGUCUGUACAGUAAAGAAAACAUUAUGCUGUUAUGUUUGUUUUCCUCUUCAUUUUCAUGUAAAUGUUGAAUAUUAUGUUUGUUUU